AGAACAAGCAAUGCUGUGAAAUAUAACUAUUGCCAAGAUGGGUUUUAUUCAUCAUGCAACUGCUCUUUUGGCAUUAAACAUGAAUGGUUUACUUACCGUUCUUGCGUGUCUGGAUGAAUCAAGCAGAAAUGCAACCCUUGGAGAUAGCAUCUUGCUGAAUCCAAAAUACACAGAUUGUGACAUGUGUUCAGUUGAAUGGACAUUUUCUUCACACUCAGAGAACCGUCGCAUUUCUUCUUAUGUCAAAAGCAAAGAACCGACUUCCGAAACUUUCGUUCAUACAUUUGACCACAAAGUGAAUAUUGAAGAGGAUGGCUUUUUUUUACGACUUCUAUCUAUUCAGCUUAAUGAUACAGGAAAAUACACUCGAACUUUCACUGCAUCAAAUGGAACAGAAAGCUGCGUAAGCGUAAUAAUUAAUGUAUAUGCAGAAUCUGAAGUAAAGACUCUUGAGGUAAACCAGUCGAAUGCAGAAGUCCAUAGCUCAAGAAUAAUAACACACAUUUCAGCAUCAAUUCUUGGAUCCAUAUUUGGAGUGAUAAUCUUGGUUCUGAUCAUCUGGAUUGUAAUUAAAUUAAUUAGAAGAAAAGUAGCAUCAGAAAAUAGAAGUUCAUUGUCAAUCCAGAUGUCACCUUAUCCAAUUUAUGGCAAUUGGAAAAAGCCAACAUAUGCCUGAAAAGAAGAAUGACAACGAUGGCUUGAUAACCUAUCUGAUUGUAUCACAUACCAAAAUGUCACAAAGGAAAACAGCAUACUUUGACGGAAAUUCUGCAGACAGAAGUUACAUGUGAUAGAACAUUUUAUACAUUCAUUUUCAGUAACCUAAUUUCCUUCAGGUGGU